AAGUUUGUAAUCCGUGCGGAAAGUUUGUAUGUGCUCUUUGCCAGUUAGUGUGUUCGUAGAGCUUUAACCUGAAAAGAGAGUCAUUUUUAUCGUCAAAAUGUCAACACAAUUUGGAGCGUUGUGUUCAUUGAUUUUAUUAGAACAUUUUGGUGAAAUUGUUCAAAAAGUUGGAAAUGAUUUAUAUAAAUGUCAGUCGAAGCCAUUACGCUUGAUACCGGGAAGUACGAAACUGCCUCUUCAAAAGGUGAAAGAGGCUUUACGAAUCAUGAUUCAGUAUGAUUUUGUGACAUUUUCCAUGGGUCAGUUACCAGACAGAGCAGAAUAUACAUUGUUAGCUGACAAAGUUGUUCUUCUACUUCGGUAUCCCAGAUAUUUGUUACUGAUGAAAACACAAUAUGGUGAUGAGGCGGAAAUGCUUAUAGAAGAAAUACUGAGGCAGGGCAAGGAUACUGCCUCACGUGUUAUCAUCAGGGCUGCCACAAGACUUAAGGAAUCACUAAAAGUGGAGAAGGUGUGCCUUGUGACGUUACGCGAUAAGUUUUUAGUCCUUGUAAAUAAACAAUUUGUGAUGCGCUGUCCAUAUCCCAGUGAAGAGAAAGAUGUCCCAGAGUUGACAAUAAAGGAGAAACAAUUAUAUCUUCCACCAGAUAUAAAUUUGAAAGGUCUUUCAGACUUAGAAGAAGGGAAACCUGGAAAUCCAGGAGAUGAAGGUAUCUGUUGGAGAGUCAAUCUUGACAGAUUUCAUCAGGAUUUCAGGGAUCAGAUCAUGGUGUCUGCAAUUUCUCGACGUUUGGAUGACAAUGCUGGAGAACUGUUGAGGCAACUUCUUAAGCAGAUGUAUCUAAGAACAGAACCUUGGGUUGCCACUUCAAAUCCUGUUCCGUUCACCGAACUACGAGAAGCGGUUCGCAAGCAGAGUUCUUAUCCCCUUUUGGCACAAUAUGUGGAUCAGUACUUGAAAAUUAUGGAAGAGGAUUCUAGUGGGUUUGUUAGCAAGGUUGGAGAUAGUUCAGGUGGACAGUAUAGCCUAAACAUGAAGACAGCCUUCAUUCAGCUUACAUGGGCAACUAUUGAAAAUAUUGUAAUGGAAAGGUUUGGCUCAAAAGCUGCAAGAAUCUUCAGGCUAGUCAAGGCAAAAAAGUUUGUUGAACAAGAGCAGAUCCAGCAAAUAGCAAUGAUACCUGCAAAGGAAGCCAAACUUUUGACAUACAAAUUACUGGAAGAAAAUUUUCUCCAGAUGCAAGAACUGCGUAAAUCCUUAGCCAGCAAUGUCCCAAACAAAACAUUCUUCCUUUUUUAUAUUGACUUAAAUCAGGUAGCUCGAAUGGUUCUUGAAAUGUGUUGCAAGGCCCUUUAUAAUGCUAUGACUCGGAGGGAAUAUGAGAGGAGUGAGAACCGUAGGAUGAUUGAAAAGCAACAGAGAAUUGAGUUAAUCACGCUUAAUAUGAAGGAGCAGGGUGCAACUUCUGAACAACUGGCAGAAAUUGAAGAAAUGCUGACACCACCAGAGCAGGCAUUGCUUGAGAAAGUUCGAAUAAUGAUCAACAGGCUGAAUGAGGCAGAGCUUCAGUUAGAUGAGACUAUGUUCAUUUUACAGCUUUAUCUAAGUUAUCAGAUCUGAUUACAGUACUGUACAUUUUAUGUGCAACUGUAACUAGUCAAGUAAAAAACAAAUUUGUUUUACUUUGCGGUGUUUUUUUAAUUUCUCUCUCAAAUAUUUGAGUCCAGAGAGGGAAAUUUGUUCCAUUUAGAAUAGUGGUGUACAUGUGAAAAUAAAAUUAUUAUCUAUGAUCAAUGGAAGCUGCUUGUUGAGUAAUUCCAGCUAGCAGGGAGGAUCAUAUACAGUGAGUAAACUAGAUGUUGCUUCUUUUGGAACAUAAACUGUGAAAAUAAAGAUGACAUGAUGAAGAA